CUCGAAACAAUAUUAGUUCGUGGUUUCAACAUACCGCAUGUUGUAAUUGGUAUUCUAUCAUCAUGAAACGGUUUUUCCUUUUGAACACUUGACCAAUCACAUACAACACCGCCGCAGUCCUGAUGAUCAAGCUAUGCUCGGACAGCCCGCAAAAACAAAGCAGUGACAAAGUAAGACUGCCUUGGCGUCCGGUCUGAACAGCGCAACGCGAUGGGGCAAAGAAAGAGAUUAGAGGAAUUCAAGUUCUUCUCACAAUUGCCCUCCGAGAUUCGAGUCAAGAUCUGGCGCAGCUCUUUCGAACCACGCGUCUUAGAACUGCAUUCUAGUCGGGCCCAUUAUGCUGUCAGAAAACCUUCUCUAUGGUUUUCGCGCUGUGUAAACCCCGUAACUUUGUUUGUCUGUACCGAGUCACGUACAGAAGCCCUCUCAUUUUACACUGUCGCGCUCCCGCUGGGUGAUGAAUGCGGAAUUUCCCUAUACGUCAGUCCGGCCGUCGAUACGCUGGUGGCUUUGGGUGAAGUAGACUACCAUCAGACCCACGCGCUACUAUCCCUAAUUGCGUCCCUAGAUCCUACAGGCCAGGGGUUACAGCGCUUCGGCCUCAGCUUUGCCUGCUGGACUUAUACGUUUGCUGGUGCUACGCUUCGAGCUUGCUCCAAGACAAUCUUUAAAAGCCUGGAACAAUUUGUAUUAGUCAUGUAUACUGACUUCUUGCCACCAGCUGAUUUCAAAGGAGGAUCUUGCUACUUAGAGGACUGCGAAAGAACGGACCAGUUUACUCAAUUCGUCAGAGAGUGGGGUACGGAAUUUAAAAAUGGGAAUGAAUGGAUGACGGUCGGUAGAAGCGAGAUGCAAAUUAUGAAUUUAGGGUUCUUUCACAGAAAUUAGUAUCAUUAUAAUAGAAGCAAGCUGUAUUAGAGGAAAUAACGUCGCCAGCUCUUGCUUUUUAGGUCCGACCUCAAGUUGGUGGAGAGAUUG